CCUUAUUGAAAUAUGCUUGGGCUAGUCUAACAUUACCCUUCUAUUCGCGUUACCUGAUGGCAGGUCCUGCCUUUCAGCGUGCUUUGCUCCUCUUGUUGUCUGUCACUUUUGGCAUCGAAAUAGGUUUCAAGCUUGCUACCAAAACGCUCAUAUGGCUACUUAACCCUUGUCAUUUAUUGACGUGUAUGCAGAUCUAUAUUCUUACAGCGAGGCCUUCGGCUCUGGUGACUGCUAUUUAUCGUGUGCACAUUCACAUGCUAAACGGUCCUCUUUUAGCACUUACUUUUCCUAUAUUAAACACUCGCAAGCUUCCACUCGAGCAAUUUGUUUACUUUCUACAGCACACAAUCAUACUUUUCUUGCCAGCAAUCAUAAUGCCUGUCUACUCUGUCGAGCCCUUGAAUGAUAGAUCUUGGGUAAUUGUGUCGUUCAGUCUUCAAUCAUUGUAUCAUUUUCUGAUUCUGCAGCCUAUUGGACUUCUUGGUUUACAUCUUUUCCGUUUUAUUUUUGGAUUUUCUUUUAUUCAAAUUAAUGGGACCCUUUCUGAUGUCUACAAUAUUUAG